AUGGAAACUUUAGAAUAUACCCACAAGAAAUUCAACUGUGGUUACUCACACAAAAAACUGGGCUUGCGUUUACUGCGCCGCAAUAGCCAAGAAGAAGAGGAGGAGCUACCACAACAAUCCCCCCAAAAUAAUACUAAUUCAAGCAACAACUCCUCUAAAACCACACUCUUCCGUCCCUAUGAUUUGGAUAGCAAAACAAGAAAUCAAAAAACUACUUCCUCAACAUCUCCUCAAUCAUCACCAUUACCCCAAAACCCAGCAACAACACCUCACCACUAUAUGGAAUAUUAUGCUCUUCAGCCCACCGUGCAACAAUCUCAAGAACAAUAUGCUCUUAAGCUGCAAAGACAACGUGCUGCCCUCUAUAUGAAACAUGUUAUGCAAUUCUAUGAGAAUGGCAAUGGCUGGCCCUCGGUACAUCCAAAUGCCAUUAAUAAUCCUGCCUUUUAUCCUAAUUGCUAAAGAGAGGGCAGAUU